AUGGUACAAUGUGAUGAAAUGAGAAGCUUUGACCGUUUUACGAAAAAUGUUGGUACAAGUUGUUCUAUUGAGACUGAUUUAUCAUUUCCAAUGCAGUCUCAAUUGUUGGGAUCUAAUCAACUGAGUGAUGAAGGUUACCUAAAACGCAUGCGUAUGUGUGAAACUAAAGUGGUAGAGUAUGAUGAAAUGAGAGGUUUGAAUCAUUUUGAGUAUGAUGUUGGUCCAAGUUGUUCUACUGAGAAAGAUUUUUCAACUCAAAAAUCGAUUUCUCAAGUAAUUGUACCAGAGAGCAAUAAUGUCUAUGAAAGUGAAGAUGAAAAUGAUUCCGAUUAUAAUCCAUGGGAUAAUUCAGAUUCUAGCAGUAACUAUGACUCUACAAGUGAGGAUGAUGAUGGAUACAGACAAUUUAAACAAAAAGAGAAUAAUGAAUCAUCUAAUCGAUGUUAUGAAGAUCUUGGAGAUCCUUUAUUUGAAUGCAGUUAUUGUGGCGCCCGUUUGUGGUACAAUGAGCGGCUCAAGAAGAGUAUGCAUUCGGCGAAUCCAGAGUUUUCUUUGUGUUGCGGCAAAGGAAAGGUUCAACUGCCCACUUUGCCAGAACCUCCAGAGUUAUUGAGACAUUUGUUGUUUGAUUUUGACGCACAAGACAGUAAAAACUUUCUAAGUCAAAUUAGAAUGUAUAACAUGAUGUUUGCAUUUACUUCGCCUGGGGCAAAAUUUGAUUCCGAUUUUAAUGGUCGAAGAGGUCCACCUACAGUUAGAAUUCAAGGUCAAUUUUGUCAUAGGAUUGGUAGUUUGUUGCCAAAGAAUGGGGAGCCUCCUAGGUUUGCUCAGCUUUACAUCUACGACACAGAGAAUGAAAUACAAAAUCGAAUUCAGGGAGUAAGGAAUAACAAAAAUGUUGAUCCUAUGAUUGUUGAAAAUCUAUCAAAGAUGUUAUAUGAAAGUAACACUCAUGCAAAGUCUUUCAAAAUGGCAAGGGAAAGAUUAAAUUCUGAUAUACAUGUUCCUGAUCUUAAACUUAGGUUAAUUUCGGAUAGAAAAACUGAUGGUCGAGUCUACAACCUCCCAACUGUAUCUGAAGUUGCCGCAUUAAUCGUAGGAGAUGUGGAUGAUACUGAAGAAAGAGAUAUUAUUAUUCAAGCAAGGGGCGGUCACUUACAAAGGAUUGAUGAAUUUCAUACUAGCUACCUUGCUUAUCAAUAUCCUUUACUUUUCCCAUAUGGAGAAGAUGGAUAUAGACCCAAUAUUGCACAUAGAGAUAUUGACAAACUUCAGGAUGUUAUAAAGGUUAACAAACAUAAUAGGUUAACAAUUAGAGAGUGGCUUGCAUAUAGAAUCCAGAUGAGAGCAUUUGAGGCCAAAACAUUGUUAUCAUCAAGAAGAUUGUUUCAAGAAUUUUGUGUGGAUGGAUUCACAAUGCUGGAGGCAGAGAAACUGAGGUGGCUUAGAAGAAAUCAAAAAAAGCUUAGAGUUUCAAAGUACAGUAAUCUUAAUAAUGAAGGUCAAGAACUUGGUGUUGAAGGAUCUACCAAAGGAAAAAGAUAUGUUUUACCAUCUUCUUAUGUCGGAGGUCGCCGUUUUAUGGAUCAACUUUACUUUGAUGGAAUGGCUAUAUGUAGCAAAGUUGGGUUUCCUGAUUUAUUCAUUACCUUUACAUGUAAUCCUAAAUGGCCAGAAAUUUUAAGAUUGUUGACUCCUUUACGUCAAAAAGCACAUGAUCGGCCCGACAUUGUAGCAAGGAUCUUUAAGAUGAAAUUUGAUCAACUAAUGUUGGAUUUAACCAAAAAAGAGAUAUUAGGGAAAGUAUUGGCAUAUCUCUAUACAAUUGAGUUUCAAAAGAGAGGAUUGCCUCAUGCACAUAUUCUGCUUUUCUUGCAUCCAUCAAACAAAUAUCCUACUCCAGAUGACAUUGAUAAAAUCAUUUCUGCAGAGAUACCUGAUCCUAUAAAGGAGCCAGAAUUAUACGAUUUGGUAAAGGCACACAUGAUUCAUGGUCCAUGCGGUAUGGCAAAUCAGAAUUCACCAUGCAUGAGAGAUGGAAAAUGUUCUAAGUAUUAUCCAAAAAAAUUUCAGGCAUCGACAAUUGUUGAUCAGGAGGGGUUCCCUAUUUACAAAAGAAGAAAAAAUGGUCGAACUAUAGAGAAAGGAGAUAUUCUUUUUGAUAAUUCUCAUGUUGUUCCACAUAAUCCAACCUUGCUUUUGAAGUAUCAAGCUCACAUAAAUAUGGAAUGGUGUAAUCAAACUUCAUCAAUCAAGUAUUUGUUCAAAUACAUUAACAAGGGUUCAGACAGGAUUAGUGCUAUGAUUGAGCCAAACGAAGAUCAAGCCUCAUCUUCUCAGUAUAGACAACUGGAUGAAAUCAAACAAUAUCUCAAUUGUAGAUAUGUUUCGGCAAGUGAGGCAUGUUGGAGAAUAUUUUCUUAUUCAAUACAUGGUAGAAAGCCUGCUGUGGAGAGAUUAUUUUUUCAUGAUGAGGGUGAAAAUUGUGUUUACUAUAAAGAUCAUGAGCAAAUUGGUGAUGUUCUCCUUAAGCCAAGUGUAACUGAAUCAAUGUUUACCUCUUGGAUGAAUGCUAACAAGUUGUAUCCAGAAGCAAGGUCAUUAACUUAUAGUGAAUUUGUUUCAAGGUUUGUUUAUGUAAAGAAAACAAGAUCAUGGAAACCUCGGAAAAGGGGCUACACGAUUGGGAGACUCAUUUGGGUGCCUCAAAGUACUGGAGAGUUGUAUUAUUUGAGGAUGAUGCUAACUGUUGUCAAGGGUCCGACAUCUUAUAAAGAACUGAAAUUUGUUAAGGGAGUCCAAUAUCUUACUUUUCGAGAGGCAUGUUUUGCAAUGGGAUUUUUACAAGAUGAUAGGGAAUUUAUUCAGGCAAUAAAGGAAGCACAUCUAUGGGGAUCAGAUUUAAUCUUAACGGAUGAAGAACUGCAAAAUUUAACACUUAUUGAGAUUGAGAAGCAUUUGCAGUCUAACGGAAAAAGCCUAAAAGAGUUCAAAUGCAUGCCGUAUCCAAAUGGUUAUGUCACAGAUUUCUUUGGAAAUAAAUUAAUAUACGAAGAAAGGAAUUAUGAUCCUGUUGUUCAAAAACAAGUUUUUCAGCAGUUGUUUGCUUCAUUAACAGAUGAACAAAGGGACAUUUAUCAAGAGAUCAUGAAGGCAGUGACAAAACAACAAGGUGGGGUCUUUUUUCUUUACGGCCAUGGAGGAACUGGGAAAACAUAUAUGUGGAAUACUUUGGCUGCAGCGUUAAGAUCAAAAAAGGAUAUCGUUCUCACUGUUGCAACAAGUGGUAUUGCUGCUUUAUUAUUGCCAGGUGGAAGAACUGCGCAUUCAAGAUUCAAAAUCCCCGUUCCUACACUUCAAUCAUCGAUUUGCAACAUAGAACAAGGAACUGAGUUGGCUGAACUUUUAAAGCAAACAAAGUUGAUUAUAUGGGAUGAGGCACCAAUGGCACACAAAUUUUGUUUUGAGGCUUUAGAUAAAUCUUUGAGAGAUAUCAUGAGCGUGAGAGGAAAGCCUUCAAAACUAAUUUUCGGUGGAAAAGUUAUAGUGUUUGGAGGUGAUUUUAGACAAAUACUUCCGGUUGUACCAAAUGGAAAUAGAUCAGAUAUCAUCCAUUCUACAAUAAAUGCCUCAUAUAUUUGGAAUCACUGCAAAGUUUUGAAAUUGACAAGGAAUAUGCGACUCUCGAAUGAUCGAUCACAAAAUUCACAAGAGACAAGAAAGUUUUCUGAAUGGAUCUUGAGAGUUGGUGAUGGAAAGAUUGGUGAAGGAAAUGAUGGUUACAACGAUAUUGAGAUCCCGCAUGAGCUUUUAAUAACUGAUUUUACAAAUCCCAUUGAAGCAAUUGUUCAGAGCACAUAUCCGAAUUUAAUGGAAAAUUUUCAAGACGGAAAUUUCUUGAGGAAUAGGGCUAUAUUGGCUUCAACAAUUCAGGUUGUUGAUGAUAUUAACAACCAUGUUUUGGACCUUCUCCCAGGAGAAGAAAAGGAAUAUUUUAGUUCAAAUUCCAUAGAUCGAGGUGAAGCAACUGAAAAUGAUGGUUUUGAACAGGUGACACCAGAAUUUCUUAACUGUCUUCAAACAUCUGGGUUGCCUAAUCAUUCUAUCAAACUCAAAGUUGGAACACCAAUAAUGUUGUUAAGAAAUUUAGAUCAAGCAGAAGGCUUAUGCAAUGGAACUCGAUUAACAGUCACAAGGCUUGCUAAUCAUGUUAUUGAGGCCAAGAUUAUAACUGGAAAAAAUAUUGGAAACAAGGUAUACAUUCCAAGAAUGUCAUUAUCACCUUCACAAUCACCGUGGCCAUUUAAACUUGUGCGGAGGCAGUUUCCGAUUGUUGUAUCGUUUGCAAUGACAAUCAAUAAAUCACAAGGUCAGUCUUUGGAUCAUGUAGGUUUAUAUUUGCCAAAAGAUGUUUUUAGUCAUGGACAAUUGUAUGUGGCUUUAUCGAGAGUCAAGAGCAAGGAAGAGGAAGUAGAGGCAAAUGAGAAUAAUGUAGACCAUAUUCCAAAUCCGUUAAUCAAUCUUCAGGAAAUGAAUGUUUGUGUUAAGUCGUCAAAAUCACUUGAUGCUCCCACGAAUUCUUUCUCUGUUUGGGGUGAUAAUAAUUCGAAACAAUUUGAAAGCUGCACUCUGACGAUUGUAACCUGA